GAUCCCUUUAUAAAUGGGGCUCCUGGGGGCCGGCUGUCGCUGGUGACUGUGAUCCGUGACCGGAGCGUCCGGCACUGGAAUGGCCGAAGCCCGUGCGGCCAGUGGUCCGCGGCGGAGGCGGAUCUUGUGCAGGAACUUUGUCUGUGGGGUUUGCAAAUGGGGACAUAGCUGCUAUUAUUCACAUGACCUGUCUAUGCUGAAGUCGUCCCAGAUCUGCAAACACUACUUGAGUGGAUUUUGCUUCUAUGGAAACAGUUGCAGAUACCUGCACAUCCAACCUGCUGGAUGGUUAUCCGGAAACAGACGUGGUUCUGAACCUGCUCUUCAGCUGAAGGCUGGAGAAUCAUCCCAGAGGUACCAUGGUAUGCAAUCUAGUGAUCCUACUGGCGGAAACUGCUCUCGAAAUAGACGUAGCUCUGCUCCUGCUAUUCCCAGAAUUCCAGGAAGAUUUUUCCAGCAGGUCCGUACAGCAGAACAUCCUGUCCAUUCAACCACAGCAAAAAGUACUUGGGGUCGACGUGGUUCUGAACCUGCUGUCUCCAGUUUCACUCACUUUGGUAGGGAUACUAGACGUUCUGGCACACGCCUGGAGGAGGAUGUUGACGAAGUGAAGGAGAAUGAAACACCUGAAGGCUUAGGCAGAUGGGCAUUUGCUGCAGAGUUUGUACCGCCACAAUUUCAAAAGCAUGGUUGUGCAUCAACAUCACAGGCAGCAGGUCCUUUCAGUUAUUUGCCUGGUUCUGUCAAGAGUGAAUCUCAAACUGUGUUGACGCCAGAGUCUUCAACUUCUCAAUCUGUUCCACAGGGAAAGUUGACUAAAGAUUCAGCCUUUGAAGAGAGUAAAGAUAUAAUUUGUGGAAUUUGCAUGGAAAAAGUCUAUGAAAAAACACCAGCCAGAGACCGUUGCUUUGCAAUUCUUCCUGACUGCAACCAUGCUUUCUGUGUGACCUGUAUCAAAAAAUGGCGAGAGAGCAAGGGGUUUACCAAUAAUGUAAUAAAAGCGUGUCCUGAAUGUAGAGUAGUGGCCAGUUACUUCAUACCAUACAAGUACUGGGUGGUUGAUGAACAGAAACAAAAACUUAUUGAAAAAUUUAAAGUUGAAAAGCGGAAAAUACAUUGCAAAUUUUUUCUACGAAGUAAUGGCAGAUGUCCUUUUAAAUCUGAGUGCAUUUACUUGCAUGAGUUUCCUGAGGGAUAUCGACCUUCCCAGCAUCGACAAAGGAGGCGAAGGGAUAGUUCUCCAUUGGGAAUUAUGUGGGAAGAUGAUUGUGAUGAUGAAGACUAUUACCAUGCCCUUCACCUCCUUGGUGUGCUUACCCUCAAUGAUUCAUUUUUAGAGAAUUUGGCACACUUUGAGUAUGAACUUUUUGAUUCAGAUCUAUCUGAUUUUAAUCAGGAUGAUUCAGAUUCUGAUGACGAUGACUUUGCCAUUUAGUCUGGAGCAGUGUUCUUGCAAACAGCAGGUGGAAUAUUGAUAUAUUUUGGCAGUCCUGUUGCAGGUAGCUUGCUUAAACAAUAUAAUUAGGCAUUUGUAACUAAGUCUGUUUACACUGAUCUAUAAUGCAAGUUUUGAAUUUAUCUUGCACCCAUUGUGUACUAUGAUGUUCUAAACUAGCUAUUUUUAUGCUGAAACCUGCACUGUUUUAGGUUAUAGAUGAAUAUUACAUUUUGCAAAUGUGUGACACACGCAAUACACAUAAAUGAUCCGAGCAGUUCAUUGUGGCAGUUUUGAUGGUUUUCAGAAACUAGUUGUGCUGAUCUCCUUGAUUAAUGUUGUGAUUUAACAUUCACUUCAAUUGGCUAUUUUACCCAGUUGAUUGCAGGUGAACUAUGUACUCCAGUGAUGCUGAGUUAUUAAACAAAGUUGAAUAAUGUAGGUUCAGUAGAACUGAAAUAGAAUGUUUUUUGCUUCCUUCCCACUAGGGUGAAUGCAUAUUUAAUGUGGGGAUUAAUAGAUGUUUGACACUUUGUAACUUGAUCAAUUGCUUAAUGAGGGGGAUGUUUUUAAAAUGUCUGUCCAAAUAAAAAUGUUUUGUAAA